AUGAUACACCGUCGCCAUAUAUGUAUGAAUUAUAUUAGAUUCUUCUCAACACAUUCGCCCAUAACCUCUAAAAAAUAUUUAUCGUUGAGGAGGGAUGAUUUGGAGAAGAUUUUACAGCAAUACAACGAAAAACUAGCCAAUAUAGAUACUUUACAAUCAACUACAGUUGGCGAUGUAAUCAUCAAAACUAACAAAACAAUCACUAAUAAAGAUGAUAAUGGGUUGAGUGAGAUCCAAUUAAAAGAAUUGAAUAGGCAGAGAUUGUGGUUCAACUUGAGUAGACGAUUAAGUCAGAGAAGGUCAUUUAUUGAAGAUAAUGCAACUGCCAAUAAGUCAUAUGAUCUUAUGAUCGAUGGUGUGCCGAACUAUCCAAUAGAAAAUGAACUAUUCUCCCAUAAAAGCGAAGUUACAACUUUGGUACACGAUGUGCUAAAGGCUAGAGAAUUUUCCAAGUUACAACAGACACUCUUCACUACCAGUAUACCACAGGGAUUACUAUCAGACAGCUUUGAUGUGGUAUUUAAAAGGGCUGUUAGUAAAUACUUGUCCAAGAUUGGUAUACCAUAUUUGGUGAAUGAAGAUUGUGAAUUUGAAGCACCCUACGCUGCAAAAAGGGCAACAAUGGAAAACUUACUAAAAAACGCUUGCACAAGAACAAAUCUGGAUGAAGCAACAAUCGAUUGGUAUUUGGAUAAUUCAAUCAAAUCACAAAAACACAUAUCACCUUUGCCGCCCGAAGUUUUCGAACCCUUAAUAGCCUUUAGAGGUGUGACUAAUUGGUCUCAUUGUCCCAUUGCACGACUAGACCAAAAGGUUACUGAGCUAAAUAAUUUGGUGCGCAAUAUUAUAGAAUUGGGUGAAAAAUCUACUACUGGAUGGGAUGAUGAAACCAUAAAUCAAGUGUUAGAGUCACUUAAAGAAAAUAUGGUUGACGGUACUAACGUGCAUCCCUUUAGAAACAACACAGGUUUUAAGUCAAUGGUACCAAAGGAUGUAGUAGGGUCAAUCAAAGCAGGCAGACCAAUUGCGGUUAGCAAUGAGAGAUAUCCCACAUUACAGUGCGUGGCACACUCUUUGCCGCGAGAUAGGAAAUAUCGCAAGAUGGUCAUCCACGCCAUUAGAAUUCUCGAGCGAUCCCGUGGCUGGGAUCACGAAAGCAAGCUUAAGGCUAUUUCCCAAAUGAUUCAAGUUUGCAAUGAUUUAGCACCGUACGAUACUUAUAAGAGGGUAUUGGAUGAGGCCUUACCAAGCACUAGGCGAAAGGGUGAUGUCAUGUAUACUAGAAAUAGGUUUAAAGUAUUUAGGAGUGGGUUCAAGUACAUUCAAUCGCUAACGACACACAAGCCCAUAAGCACUAGGAACAAGAAGUGA